CCAUGGCAGCGGGCGGACCCUCCGCGGGUGCGGACGGCGUCGCGGAGAUUUCUCCAGGCGCUGCCCCGAAUGGCCCGGCCUCAGCCGCGGCAUCCACCCGCCAUCGGUCUCCUCCCACCGCGGCGAGGGCGGAGGGGAGAGGGCCCCCGAGCAGCGGGACCUCCCCUCGCGCCCGGCCCUCCUCGCCGCGGGCCGGGCCCCGUGCCAUGGCGGCGGUGGAGGGCUGCCUGCGGGCCGUGGGGCUGCAGUUCUGGGCGGACUCGCUGCAGGCCCUGCCCGCGCUGCUGGCUCCCGCCGCGCUGCUGGGGCUGCUGCUGGGCGCCGCCGCCGCCGCCCUGCUCUGCCGCUGCGCGCUCGGGCCGCGCCGGGGCGGAGAGAAAGAUGAUUCUCAAAGACUUCUGGAAAGCUUCAAUGCUGAUGAAAAAGAGCACACACUCACGAAAAGUAAAGCAGAACCCUAUACAUCAAAAGAGGAGAUGGUGCUGGAGGAAGGUGAGUCUCCUCUGAACAGUAACAUUGCAGCAUUUGCAUUAAAGGCAAAAGUGAUCUAUCCCAUCAACCAGAAAUUUAGGCCUCUGGCAGAUGGCUCAUCUAAUCCAUCUUUGCAUGAGAAUCCAAAACAAGCAGUUCUGCCUAAUCAAGUGGUGGAAACAUCCGUGUCAGGCAGCCUGGGAUCCCUGAGCCAGGGAGACAAGGAGGACUGCAGCUCCUCCACAACAAUCCAUUCCACAACAAGUGAUGACAGGUUUCAGGCCCGAGCCUUUCUAAAGGUGGCCAGCUUCCCUGAAGUGCUGACAUGUGAGAGUUUCGAUGUUAAGCUCUGCCUUUGCAGUCUUACUUUACAAGAUCUCAUGCUUCUUGAUACUGAACUCAGAAAAGAAAAAAAUGUGAUGUUUAUUCAGAUUUUCAAGAUAUACCUCACAGACUUCCAUCGUAAAAAGAAGAUUACUGAUGGUUUGUUGAAGAAGAUCCUUUUAAAUCAGGAAAAUGAUUUUGAAGAAUUACAGAAACAACUUGACUCUAGACUCCAGAAUACUGAAAUGUCAGGAGCCCGUAACUCAGAGUUCCAGACUCUGGAAGAUCUGGAAAGGAGGGAAAGGGAAUAUUCCGAGCACGUAAUAGAUAAUAUGGAAGCCUUCUGGAAGCAGACUGACAAAGCCCAGCAGGAUUUUUUGGACCAAUCAAAAUGCUCAAGUGCCAAAGCCACAAAGAUAAUGAUGGAUCUGACUGAGAAGAUGAUUGCAGUAGAAAGCUUGUUAAGUGAAUCUCAAGACUUGCAGGCGAUGGACAUUCAGGAAAGGUUAUUCAGCUGGGAGUUUAUGGUGAAAAUGAUUGAUUCACUGAAGUCCUCUAUACCAGAAGAGUGUAAGGGCAGAUUAAAUACUGUGUCAAACAUUCUGGACCACUUAACUGUGAAGAACAAUCUUUCAGUCCGACAAAAGGAAGAGCUUCUAACAGACCUGCACAAGGCCUUCUGGGAACAGCUGGCACAUUACAGUAAUGAGUGCAUGCAGCAAAGUAAAGAGCUGAUCUGGAAACGCCUGGAGUGCCGUGCCAAGAAGAAGGAAGAGUACAAACGCAGACAGGAAGCUGAACAAAGGAGUCUCCUUAGCAAAACUUUUUUUACUGAAGAUGUUCAUCAUUUUCUCAAGGCUUACCAUGGGCUGCUGGAGAAGCACAGGCAAGCACUGUGGGAUCUGGAGGAGGAGGAUGACUGUGAGAGCAGAGAGGCUGUUGCUAAUCUCUACAAGGAGCUGUACUCUAAGGCUUCCCAUGCUUUAACAGAGUUGGUGACAGAGCUAUUUCUUCAGACCCUUCCUGUGGUGACCAGCCUCUCUGUAAAAGAAUGUGAGCUUCUGAAGGAGGAAUGGCAGGAGAAUUUGGUCCCUCAGCUGGAGAAAUGGGAGAAUCACCGCCAGAGACACUGGAAGCUUUUCCAGGAGCAGCUACUGCAAGAAAAAGAACUCUGGAUAACAGAAUAUGCUCUGUCUGCUGUGAUGCAAAAGCAGCUGUCUGAGAAACAAGAGAAGAUAAUUCAAGGUGUCGUGAGCAGGCUAGGAUGCCUCAGUGAUGAGUCUGUUAGCUACAUCUUGCAAAAGCACCACCUUCUGCUGUGCUCGGUGCUGAGCAGGUUCAGCUUGCGGAGAGCUGGGCUGGCAGCCCUGGCGCGCAUGCGGCUGGCCAGAAAGAAGAGCUCGCUCCAGGAGCUGAGAGAGCAGCACACCCUGCAGAAGGGAUCCUCUCUGUGCCAAGAUGAGGACCAGUGGCAGCUACAGAAGGCAGUGGAGUCCCACAUCCUUGAAGAGGAGGAGAAGCUUGAGGAAGAAACAGAAGAAAUCAAUUUAGAAUUCCACCAGCAGCUAGUCACAGAAAUCCAGGAAGCUCUUCAGUUUCUUCAGCAGCACAUGGAGCAGGUGAUUGGGCAGACUCUGCUGCAGUAUGCCCGAGGGGAAGCUGAAAAAAAGAGUUCAGAUCAUGAACAGAACUUCAAGGAGAGACUGGUGGAAUCUGCUGUUGAAAGUGUAUAUGGGACCAGCAAUAAUAUCAGCAGACUGGUGCAAAACUACUACCAGCAAUUAGGAAAAAUCACAGAAGAGUAUGAAGGAAAAAAGCUUCAACAUCUGAAAUCCUUACAAGAAGGAAAUGAAAGGAUCAGACUGAAGAAUAAAGAGAAUGAACUGGCAUUGAAAGAAAAACACACCAAAGGCCUCCUAAAUGUGUCAUCCACAGUCCACCAAAGGAUAGUGCUCCAGCAGAACAAGAUUUUGGCUCAGUUUGAACUGCGGCAGCAAAUUCGUCUGGAGUGUCUGAAACAGAAGCUGCUGGGAUUGCACCACCUGGGAGCUGAGCUGGAGAAUCAGCUAAGGGAAGCAGAGCAGGACUUUGUGAGGGAGUUGGCUGUGCUGACCCGAGUUCCACUGACUGUGAAGAAGAAGCCUUCCAAAAGGAGCAAGCCAGCAGGUGUAAAAGCAAAUUCCAAAAGACAGACCUUUCAGUCACCUGAACCAGCAGAAAAAGAUGAUUCUCCUGAAAAUAUUCAAGAACCCUAUGGAAUAACUUCUGGGUUAUGCAGAGAGAUGCCACAGAGUUCACAUGAAGAGGAGACUGAGCCAAGGAAAAACUCAAAGAUGUUAAAAAAGAAAGGCAGCAGGUAGUAAAAGCUUUUGUCUGAGCUGUCUGAACACAGUGUACCAAGGCAUCCUUCUGGGGAAUCUCAGCAGCUCUAGGUACUUACUGAGCUGCUUUGCUGAGGAACAACGAAGAAAAUCAAUAAUAACUCAUAAGUCUUUUUUAGCUGCAGACCAAGAAUCAAUCCCAACUUCCUUUAGCUGUUAAUAAAACAUUCCCUCUUGGUUUUUCUAAGGGGGAACAAGGAAGUCUUUAAUACAAGCUCUUUGAGACUGCUUGGGUAAUGUGCUGGGGAGAGAGUGUUAGAUUUGGAAUAAACCUGAGGAUUGUGCACCUGUAGGAGAGCAGGUGCACACUGGGCCCAGGUCAGUGUGUCUCAGUAAGGUUUCAUCACAAGAGUGAUGUACUGUUUACUUUUGAGCCUGAGAUGUGGUACACAGUACUUUGACUUAAGGAAAGGAGAUAAAAAUGUAGAGAAUAUGUAAACAGGCUUCAGAUGGUACUGAGAGAUCAAAAGAUGACAUUUGGUCUCUCUUGUGUUAUAUUUUUGUGCUUCCAGUCCUAUGUAUGCUUUUUAAAAUUUGUACAAAGAUGUUUAUAUACCUACUUCUCUGCCUUUGUCUAAGAAUUCAGAUUGUUACUUUUAAAGGAAAUGAGAGAAAGCUGGUUAACUCUUUUACUUUUUAUGCUUCAGUUUCUAGUCUUCUUCCUUAAGUGCACCCUUUUGUUUCCAAUGUACUUUGUUAUGCUCAUUACAUUUCCUAUGGGAAAUUCUUGUUAUGCAAAGCAGUUAAUUCUUACUGGCUGUACAGAGCACCUGUGUUGUGUAAUAAAUUGCCCCAUUUAAGCAAUCCUACAGCUUUCAUGAAGUGGGAGUAUUCUGCCAUUUCAACAAUAAACAUAUAUUUUGCUAAUGAAAA